AUGGCGGCCGCUGCCGCCCCUUCAUCCAGCGGGCAAGAUAUCCCCGCGCCCCUCGUUCCUAUCCUCGCUAUCCUCGCGUCUGCUUAUCGAUCCUUCGCGUCCGCAUUGACCCGAAUCCCGGGGAGUCCGAUUGUCAUCCGGUACAUCGAAUCUUCGUAUCAGAAUGACCCAUGGCGGUCGAUACUUGAGGUGCUGCUCGUGGCGUUCGCAGUGCGGACUUUGCUGAAAGGUCGGACGCGUGGGGAUGCGUCAAGCAAAAAUUGGGUCAAAUUGAGGGAAGAAGAGAUCGAUGAACUGGUGGACGAAUGGGUUCCUCAGCCGCUGGUCGACGAGCCCAGCGAUGUAGACAAGUUCACCCUGGCUUCUGUACCCGUCAUCAACGGUCCGAACGGUCUUCGGGUCAAGCUGGCAUCUAGUGGAAAGAUGGUCACGAAUCUUGCAACGGUGGAUUGGACGGGUAUGAUUGAGAGUGACAAGAUGAAGCAGGUCGCCAUCGACACGUUGAAGCUGUAUGGCGUGGGGUCGUGUGGGCCUUCCGGGUUCUACGGGACUAUCGACGUCCAUACCAAAUUCGAAGAAGAAGUAUCAUCCUUCCUCGGUACCGAAUCAGCAAUCAUCUACUCUCAAGCCUACGCCACCAUCUCCUCGGCCAUCCCCUCUUUCGCCAAGCGAGGCGAUAUCAUUGUCGCUGAUAAGGGCGUCAAUUUCGCCAUUCACAAGGGGCUCGAGAUCUCGCGGUCAACCAUCAAGUGGUAUGCCCACAACGACAUGAAGGAUCUGGAGCGGGUACUGCAGAAUGUCGAGAAGGAGCAGAAACGCAAAGGCGGUCGAUUGACCCGGCGGUUUAUCAUCUCGGAGGGUGUGUUUGAGAAUGAUGGGAUGAUGGUGGACCUGCCGAAAGUCAUGGAACUGAAGCGCAAGUACAAGUACAGACUCAUCUUGGAUGAGAGCUACUCCUUUGGGAUGAUCGGCGCGCAUGGAAGGGGUGUGACAGAGUACUAUAGCAUCCCUGCUGCUGAAGUGGACAUCCUGAUCGGAUCUAUGGGGAACGGUCUCGGCGCUGGAGGUGGUUUCUGCGCUGGAUCUUAUCACGUCUGCAAGCAUCAGAAAAUCAACUCGUCCGCCUCAGUAUUCUCCGCCGCUCUCCCCGCCAUGCUUGCCACGACCGCUUCUUCUGCACUCGCGACAAUCCAGACCCAACCUGCACUAUUCACCUCGCUUCAAGCCAACAUCCUCCUCUUCCGUCAAAUCCUGUCCAAGAUUGAGCCGAUCCCGAUGUCAGAUACACCCGCCACCAGCGCCACCGGCCUCACCGCUUCUGCCGCAACACCUCUUACCGGCUCAUCGCCCUCGAAAACGCCCAACAAGGACGCCAUCAUCCAUAUCCCCUCGCACCCCUCUUCAGCCCUCAUCCACAUAUUCCUGCUGAACGCUCCAGGGACAAUGGAGGAAGAAGAGCGCAUCCUCCAGGAUGUCGUAGAUGAGCUUCUGGCAAAAUCAGACGUGAUCGUGACGAGGGCGCGGCGGCUAAGGGGACAAGAAGCGUUUGAACCGGAACCGAGCUUGAAGGUGUGCUUGAGCGGGGCGCUGAGCCGCAAGGAAACGGAGAAGGCUGCCAAGGGGUUGAAGGAGGCGCUGAUCAAGGUGUGCGGAAAGAAGCGCUGA